GCAAAAAAAAAAAAAGAAAAACCUGUCCCCCUCUCUCUAGAAAAAUAAAAAACAAAAACGAACACUGGUUUUGCUCGUCAGGAAAAGAUUACCCGCGCUCUAACAAAAAAAUUCGCAUUAUUCUCUCACUCAAUGCUCCUAAUCUGAGCUUAACCUUAAUAGAAACCUUCAUUUCUGUCAAAUUUAUCCAAAUAAUUAUCAACAGAUAGUUACUGACUGUGAAUUUAGGGUUUAAUUGGAGAAGAUGACUUCUGUUUCUUCUCCAUGGAUUCCUGAAGAUGACCUCCUGCUCAAAAAUUCUAUUGAGGCUGGAGCUUCUCUUGAAGCACUUGCUAAAGGGGCAGUAAAGUUUUCUCGCCGAUUUACAUUUUGUGAACUUCGAGAUCGGUGGUAUUCUCUUCUUUAUGAUCCUGAUGUUUCUGUCCAAGCUUCUGCUCGUAUGGCUGAACAUGAACUAUCCAGUUCUAACCCAUCAACAAAAUCUAGAUCGGACAGUUUGAAAGGAAGUGAGAAGGUCCAUGAGAAGAGAAAAUUUGGAAGCAUCCGCAGACAUUAUUAUGCCAUGCGGAAGAGAAUAAAAAAUGAGAUUUUUAGUCCUCCAAAUCUCGGAUUUUUCGAAGAACGCAACCUUCAAAACUACAACCACCAAGAACAUAAUGUCACAACUAAUCACAAUGCUCAUGGUGGCAAUGCCAUGCUAGAUGACUGUCUUGCAAAAAAUUUAGGGUUUGAGGAAAAUGACUUUGAGAUCUUGCGCCAGGCUUUUCCAGAAUCAGUAGGAACCAUUGCUACUACUACCGCUACUACCGUUGUUAAUAGUCAAGCUACUGCUUUUCAUGUGCAAGGAUGCCAUAAGUCAGCGGAAAAUGAUUUUAUAAAUGGAUCCAUGAGGGACGAUGGAUUAUAUAAAUUUACUGAAGCUGUUUCCCUUUCACGUAACGAAUUGAUGGGUUCAAUCGAUCCAAAUAUUGAAAUGAAAAAUGCCAACUUUACUGAUGAGCCAGGUCCCUCUGAGGCUACUCCUAAUGAAAACUUUCCCAAAACUGAUAAAUCAACUGGAUUUGGAGGAAAACAUCAUUUUCACUCUCCUGUUUCAGAUGGUAGUGCUUCAUUUCACACUUUAGGAUUUUCAUCUCCAUCAACUAGACUGCCACUCUGGAAGACAUUAGAAGACAUUUCUGCCCCUGACAUGCCAGUUGACGAGAACAAUGCCGAAAGUCAUCAGGUUGCAGAAGAAACAUUGGUACACCCUGAGGAUUGUGAGCAGAGAAGAAGUAAGAGCUCGCCAGGGUAUGAUGGGCCCCACCAGGAGUCCCUUUUGGAAGAUAGAUCUAAUGGUUUUAUCAAUACUGGUGGUGUUCAGGAUGGUGAAUAUGCAGAUUUACCAGAUUCUCUUCUCAACUUCUCAAACGAGGAUGAUCUUCUUUUCAUGGAUGUAGAUGUGAAAGAUCCAAUAAACGAUAUUCCCAAGGAUGUAGUAGAAGCUGAUUUGUGCAAUGCUGAUGCUACCACAAUUCCAAGUAUUCAACGUCCAGAAAAAUUAAAAGAUACAUCAUUUCAUAGUGAUCAGUAUCAGGGGGUUGAUGUACCGUCAACAUCUGCAUCGCAGCUUGAUUCUCUCCAGCCAACUGAAAGGCAAAUUUUGUGCACUCUAAAUAUGGAAGACCCUGACAUACCAUGCAAUGAUGAUAUUUUCUUACUGAUUCACCCAUCUACUCAAUUUGCUCAUUCAGAUGGAUUGCAAAUUCCUACAGAUGCUAUUGGUCCAUCACCCUCCUCAUCUCAUGAGAAGGAUGGUGAACAAGGGCCAAGUUCAGAUAAAAAAGGUAAAGAUCCUGAACCAUGUUUUACGGAGUCACAUGCCGGUGGACCAAGUGCAUUACCUGUUGGUUCUGCAUUGAAACAUGAGUCAUCUGAUGCUGACUAUCCAGUUCCACUUCCACUUCCUGGGAAACCUAAUAAUCCUACAAUAUCUAGUCAAACUAGGCCCAUGCAUACAGCUCUAGAAAUUAACGGGAAUGGACUAGUGGAGGAAGGUGCUAGCAAAGUUGAACUUCGGGGUUUAGGCAGCCCAGCAAUAUAUAGCAAGAUGCCAUUACCUAUAGAAAUUGGUUCCGUCAAAAUGAUAGAUCCAGAAGCAAUGGAUGAUUCUCAUAUUGAUGAUCUUAACAACUCUGACAGCGAUGGUGACAUACCUUACUUUUCAGACGUUGAAGCUAUGAUACUUGAAAUGGACUUGGCCGAUUCUCAGGAGUCAUGUAUCACAAGUGAAAUUGCGAGAUAUCAAAAUGAGGGUACUAAAAGGUUGAUAAUGAGGCUAGAACAGGCUGCACGUUCUUCAUUUCAAAGAGCUAUGUCAUCUCAGGGAGCCCUUGCCAUCUUUUAUGGGCGUCGUCUGAAGUACUAUAUGAAAAAAUCCGAGGUCACAGUUGGAAGAUCGACUGAUGACACCGAGGUUGAUAUCGAUCUAAGAAAAGAAGGGCGUGCCAACAAGAUAUCUAGGCGGCAGGCUAUCAUAAAGAUGGAAACAAACGGAUUCAGUCUUAAAAAUCUUGGGGCGAAUACAAUCUCAUUAAAUGGCAAAGAAGUUGCUCAUGGGCAGAUGGUUGCAUUGCCUUCAAGUUGUUUAAUUGAGAUACGGGGUAUGUGUUUCGUGUUUGAGAUCAACGACAAGUAUGUGCGACAAUUCUUGCAGAAGCAGCGAACCCAAGUGUAGACUAGUAGAAUAACUUUAACCUGAUAAGCAGUUGUGGCAUCACUUCCAAACCAUGAGAAGAAGAGUAUCAUCCUAAGUGUGCCCUUCUCUUUCCCCAGGAUCCUCUAAUUGUGUACUCUUGUGAAAAAUGUCAAUUACUCAUGGAUACAUAUGCUUCCCCAUAAAUAUGCAAUUGUGUAGUCUGUAGAUAUGUAAUGUAAUGUAAUAUAUAUCAUUAUACAUACACAUGGUUGCUGUAUUAACGAGUCUUGUGGGACAUGAAUCUCCUCCAUUGAUAAUAUCACAUGAUAGAAGUAUAUGUA